GGAUUCGUUUCGGAACAGUAGUUGGCUACAUUUUCUUUGUAUCGUUGCCGGCCGUUGCGUUGAGUAUUUACUAUAUUUGUAUUUGGGAUCCGGGCUAUGUCACAAAAUUUCCACCAGAUAGACGGAACUUAAGCGAUUCGUAUGAAUUACCCCGUGAGGAACUGGAUCAUCAGCAAUGGCAAAAUGGAGGCGCUUGGAGAAACAGUGACACGCAGAAACCUUCAUCGCGUUCAGUUCAAAGGCAGUUUCUGCAUUCAGAUCUCAACAGUGUUCUUAAUAAGAAUGCACUUCUGACGAAUGGUUAG